UUUAGAUCCAGCAAAACCUCAGAAAAAUCCCUCCAUCUCGAUAUUCAAUUCAUUCAUUCUCUCUGUAUCGUCUCCAAAGUCAGUUGUUGUCAAACAAAGCAUCCCAUCCUACAAAGAUGGAUUACCGUAACAAAAAGAUUCUUGCUCCUAUGGUUCGCGUUGGCACUCUUCCACUUAGAUUACUAGCUGCUGAAUAUGGUGCAGAUAUCACUUACGGUGAAGAAAUUGUUGACCAUAAAAUCAUCAAAUGCGAACGCCGAAUCAACGAACAUCUUGGAUCCACUGAUUUUGUGGAGAAAGGGACAGAAAGUGUUGUGUUUAGAACCUGUGAUCAAGAAAAAAAUAGAGUUGUGUUUCAAAUAGGAACAUCUAAUGCUGUGAGGGCUCUAACUGCUGCUCAGUUAGUGUGUAAUGAUGUUGCUGCAGUAGAUAUUAACAUGGGAUGCCCCAAAGCAUUUUCUUUGAGUGGUGGGAUGGGUGCUGCUCUGUUGUCCAAACCAGAGCUAAUUAGUGAUAUCUUAACAACAUUACGGAGGAAUUUGAGCCUACCUGUAACAUGUAAGAUUCGACUUCUAAAAUCACCGCAUGAUACAGUGGAGCUAGCCAGGCGAAUUGAGAAAACUGGUGUUGAUGCAAUUGCAGUCCAUGGAAGAUAUGUCUUAGAUAGGCCCAGAGAUCCGGCAAAGUGGAAUGGGAUUGCUGAUGUUGUGUCAGCACUAUCUAUUCCAGUUAUAGCAAAUGGUGAUGUGUUUGAGUAUGACGAUUUCCAACGCAUUAAAUCUGCUACAGGUGCUUCGUCGGUGAUGGCUGCAAGAGGGGCACUUUGGAAUCCUUCAAUAUUUUCACCUGAAGGCGAAGUUUCUUAUGAGGUUACACAAAAAGAAUAUAUUAGGAAGUGCAUCUUGUGGGAUAAUGAUAUUAGAAGCACCAAGCAUACAUUAAGGGAUAUGAAGUCACAUUAUUCCUCUCUUGAAGUCCCUGAAUGGAGGGCCGUGGUCAAAUCCGAGACCACAGCAGAGAUAGCGGAACUCUACGGGGAGCAAGAAUACUACCGAUUAAUAAAAUCAGAUUCCUACAGAGUAUAGAUAAUGUUGUUUUGGAAUACAAAAGUUCAUGGGUGAGGACAUGGAAACCCUGUUUUGGGAUUAUUUGCAAGAAAUCAUACACAACACAAUUAUUUAAGGACAAGAAUUUGAGCUCAACCAGCAUGUUUGUGAUGGGUGGAGCAAACUAGAUCAGCCAACAAGCAUGAAUGUAGACAAUGUUAUAGGCUUUGUUCAUGAAUUGUAAUUUUAUUUUAUUUUACAGAAUUGCAAUAUUUUUUGUAGAAAAUUGUCACAUGAUUUUUUUUUUUUUGAGAUUGACUAAUUCUUUAUUCAACCCCAUUUUUAAAUUAUGAAAACCUCAUUUGCUAGUCGGUAUAGUUUA